AUGUCGUGGGUAACUGACUCCAAUGAGGCGCUUCACCUGAGGCUAGUCCGCGCUGAAGGGGAGGAGACACAUGAUGGGCGGACGGCCGACUUCCAUCCCAGCUUCACAUAUCCGAUAUAUGGAGAAGACGAAAAAAUCUUUGGAUAUCUGGACCUCUACAUUGCUCUGUAUUUCGCCUCUGGCAGCUUAAAGCAGUACUUCAAGGUCACUUCAACCAAGCAACCUGCUGCCAAAGCCGAUGAUGUAGAAGGUGCACUAUAUAAGUUUAUCCCCCCAGAUUACACGAAGGACGAGAAGAUAUUCCAUCAGCAGGUGGAGAAAGACGCAGAUGAAUUCAGCCCUUUUGGGAAGCUGGUGCACUCGUAUACCCGGCCAUCCAACAACAAUAAGGGAAAAUCCGUGAAACACAUCCCAAGAGACGAUGAUCUCAUAUAUGAGGUUUAUCAUUCGGCGUGGGACACGCCUGGGUUUCGAGAUUACCACAGGCAUAUGCAGAUCUUCAUUCCGCUCUACAUCGAAGGAGGCUCCUACAUUGUAGAAGAUGAGGAGAAGUGGGAGUUUGUUGUACUGUGCGCGGACUCUCAUAAUGCAGAGGGAAAGGAGAGAUGGCACUUCGUUGGAUAUUCCAGCCUGUACCCGUUCUGGUGCUGGCCAAACAACGUCCGGCUACGACUGAGCCAAUUCGUCAUACUUCCACCUUUCCAAGAAAAACACCAUGGGUUUGAACUGUACAACACCAUAUACAAAUUAGUCCGAGGUUCAAUUCUCACGACAGAGCUCACAGUCGAAGAUCCUAGUGAAGGCUUCGAGGACAUGCGAGACAGAUGCGAUCUCGCCACGUUGCGAGCAAACGCAGAGUUUAUGGAAGGUUGGCAACCUAAAGGAGGCGGUGAAAAGGGCUGGAGAUCACCGAUCAACAGAGCUUGGGAGAAGAAGUGGAUGAGUGACUUGAAGCUGGCCAAACGACAAUUCCAGAGGUUGACGGAGAUGCUGAUCCUCGACCAUCUUCAGCCUGGUGAUGAGGAGGCCGAGCGUGCGUUCCGUUUACAAGUAAAAGAACGUCUAUACAGGUUCAACUAUGAAAUCCUCAUGCAGAUGGAUAAACCUGAUCGACUGGACAAGCUGGAGGACACGUUCCAGGGAGUCAGGGAAGAUUACCUUCGCAUCCUGGCAGGGAAAAGGAGAGAGCCGCCAAAAUAA